AUGGCGAGACGCGCCUCACUGCGCAAGAAAAGCGCCCCCAACCCUCCACCAGCCCCCAAAUCCACCACCAAAAACGCCGCGAUUGGCCGAAAGAGAAAGGCUCCAGCGGGAGCGGCGCCCGCCUCUGAAACCUCUGCAAGGGGCCCGAAGCGCCAGAAAGAUCAGUUCCCGCAUGAUCUCAUCGGCGUAGAUCCGACUGAGCUGAGCUGUCUGACUAAUGGUGAUACAGCGUCUUCUACCAUUUUCAACGUCGUGCCUUCCCAGAAGCUCGACGUCUAUGCCUGUGGAACCAACUGCUACGGCGAGCUUGGACUCGGCAACCUGUGGCGCAAGUCUGAGUUCGCGCGUCCAAUUUUGAACGGCAACCUGGCUGCCGAGACUGUCGGUGUCGUUCAGCUCACUGUCGGGGGGAUCCACUCGGCAGCUUUGACUUGUGAUAACAAAAUUUUGACUUGGGGAGUGAACGAUGAUGCCACUCUUGGAAGAGAUACCAAGGAUGAUGCAAAGGAUGAAGUCAUGGUUGAAGCAAAGCCUGAAGACAGCGACAGCGACGAUGAUGAUGUUACUUUGAACAUGAAAGAGGCUACCCCCCUUCCCGUUGAUUCUUCCCUCUUUCCGAAGGGAACUAUCUUUGCGCAGCUUUCUGCGACAGACAGUGCUACCUAUGCCCUGACCACCGACGGCUUGGUGUAUGGAUGGGGCACAUUCAGAGGCAUCAACGGAGAGAUCGGAUUCUCAUCCUACAACCAGUCCAAGCAGGUGACUCCCCUUUUGAUCCCGGGGCUGAAGAACGUCACCAAGCUCGCCGCAGGAGCGCAGCACAUGUUGGCCUUGACCUCAGCCGGCACUGUGUACAGCUGGGGCUGCAACGAACAGUACCAGCUCGGACGCCGCCGAACCGGUCGUUCGCGUGACGUCCACCCUCUUAUCCCCGACCAGUGCGCCUUGCCUGCCGGCGCAGUCGACAUCGGUGCCGGUAUGUACCACUCCUUCGCUGUCCACAAGACCGGCGCCGUCUACGGCUGGGGCUCCAACAACUUCGGCCAGGUCGGCAUCGCGUCCAACGCCGGCGAAAAUGACGCCAUCAUACCCUAUCCCACCCGCGUCAAGAGUCUCGCCAAAACUCCCAAGAUCGUCCAGAUCCACGGCGGCAAGGACCACAGCAUCGCUGUCGAUCAGAAAGGCCGGUGCUUGACCUGGGGUCGCAUUGAGAACAAGGCCCUGGGAUACAACCCCGAAAUCCUCUCGGAGGACAAGAUCAUCUAUGAUUCUCGCGAUAGACCUCGCAUCUCUGUGCAGCCGCAGGCUAUCCCCACUUGGGAAAACAUCGUCUACGCCACCGCCGGCACCGAUCACUCUUUUGCGAUUUCCGCGGACGGAAACGCUUACUCUUGGGGCUUCAAUGCCCAGUGCCAGGCUGGAAAACCAUCGUCUACCGAUGAAAUAAUCUUACCUACACUUCUUGACGGCAAGCAUAUUGCCGGCAAGAAGUUGGUCUCCGCCUCGGCGGGAGGCCAGUUCAGUGUUGUGCUCGGAGAACAUGUCAGCGAAUGA